AUGAUGGCAGCCACCUUCCUCGCCACGCCCUUUGAGCUCAGCCUCAUCAUCCCGUACAUGCGGCUGGGCGAGUUUAUAUUCCAAGCGGAUCGUCUCUCCGUUUCACCAUCAGCGCUGGUUGGCGCUCUCAUGGGGAAAUCCUCCUCGCGCCUGCUCAUGGGCCUCGUGCACGCGGUGGUUGCAUGGCUCAUCACCGCGCCGUUUGUCACCUGGAUACUCUAUCGCUUGCUGCUCCCACUCACCACGCGCAUCAAGAGGCGAACGGGGGGUGUUGGGAUUGGGAGCUCGUGGGAGGGUAGCGAGGGUGGAUCCAUCAGCAUUGAUUCAGGAAAGGGUUACAGCGAAGCGAGUGCGUCUGGGCGAAGAGAGUCGGGCGUGAUGAUGAGAAGGGCUUGA